CAGAUCACCCUUUCUCUCUUUCGUUCGUCCCUUGGGUGUUUGGGAUCCAAAACCCAGCUCUCUCUCUCCUUUGGCUCGAAUUUGGGUUAAAAACCCGAUUCUGGGCAAAACACUGUCGAGGGCAUGGUCGUGCUUUGCUUUUGCCCGCCCGUGUUUUGCCCCGUGUUAAAAACACGCCCGCGCGCGUCGGCCUAAACACGGUCGUGCCUAAAUAUGGGCACGGCCGUGUUUUGAUUUAGGCGCGCCCGUGUUUUUACUGCCGAACCUGUUCCCCUAUAUUCAAUGCUUCGUUUCUCCCUCGUACGGACUCCGAAUCAGUCGCCGUUUGAUCCCAGACGCCCGUAGUCUCGUCCUCUUUCUUUUCAUGACAAGCUUGCAUGAUUCUUUGUCCAUAAAGUGAGGUAGAAAUCCAUUAUUCUUCAGGUCAUGCCCGAGUUUCUUCUCCCUAAUCGCCAAUUGAUCUCUGAUUGACUUGAAACAUGUGCCUAUGCUUCACUUUAUGUGCUAGGACCUGCAAUGUGACAAAUGAACACAACCUAGCAUAAAAUAGGCCAAAGACGCGAUAAUUAAAGCUCAAACGAUCAAGAAACAAAGGAGAAAACAUGUGCAAAUAUCGAGUCAUCACUUGGCCUUUCUUUCAUCGACGAAAUCCCCAGAGAGAACGAACAUCUCAUUCUAAUCCUCUCUGUGCAGGUCUUCUCAAUUGUUUGAUCCAGUCUGUUUCAUUCAUCUUCCGCUCAAUUUCACUGUUCCGAUCAGUUCGCACAUCGACGAUCGUGUUUUCCUAACUCUAUUGAUCUUUCUUUCAUUCGAUUCUCAAAAAAGCUAGAUCUAUCAAUGCCAACUUUCUUAACGAUCUCGGCGAAGUCUGGUCCUCCACCAAUCAGCUCCUCCGCCGGUGCUACCUCUGCUUUGUCUUCGUCUUCGAUUCCGGCUUCGCAUCCUUACUUCAUCUCAAAUGGAGAUCUCCUGUCUCUCCAGCUGGUGACUGCACCACUUGUUGGCGCGAAUUAUCAUUUGUGGGCGUGUUCUCUGCGCAUGGGCUUACAAGUUCGCAACAACUGAUUGAUUCUCGUGUUCCGGUUCUGACCCGCGAUGAUCCUCUCUGGACGACGUGGGAUCAGGAGAACGUCUUAGUUCUUGGAUGGCUUCAGCGUUCAGUCUCGCCUGAGAUAGCGCAGAGCGUGCUCUGGUUUGAUACCGCAGUCAAAGCUUGGGAGGAUCUCAGAGAACGCUUCAGCGUAGGCAAAGAAGUAAGAAUCUCAGAUCUGUAUGAUGAGAUUUCGUCGCUCAAGUAGGCCGUCUUGUCUAUCAGUGCCUAUUUCACCAGGUUCAGGAUUUUUGGGAAGAACUCCUGAUUCUAAGGCCUUUGCCCUCAUGUUCUUGCACUCCUCUUUGUGCCUGUGUUGCUGCUUCUCUUCCUCGAGAGUAUAUGCGUUGUGAUUAGGUUAUCUGGUUCCUCAAAGGCCUCAAUGAGCAUUUCAGUGCUGUUCAUUCUCAGUUCUUAAUGAUGGAUCCGCUUCCCACAAUGAACAAGGUGUUCUCUAGUUUAGUACAGCAAGAGAGGCAGUCUGGUAGUCAAAUUGAAGCUCCUAUUGCUCUGGCCAUUCAAGGCCGUGGAGGUGCUAGUUCCAGUCGUGGUAAUCUGACCUCAAGUCAAGGUCCUGAAGGUACUAGUUCUCAGCACGGUCAGGCAAGUGCUGCACAGAGUCAUGGAGGAGGGCGAAAGAGACCUCUCUGUACUCAUUGUGGUCUCUACGGCAACACCAUUGAUCGUUGCUAUAAGCUCCAUGGCUAUCCGCCAGGUUAUAAAAGCCGCUGCUCAUGAUGUGACUUCUGAUCUGGAUUCCAUUGCAUCAGAUGAUUCUAAUGGUCAAGGGUCUAUGACCUUGUCUCGAGCUCAGUAUCAAUCGCUCCUCAACUAGACUCAACCAAGAAAUCAACAACCUACUUCUACUGCCAUGGCUAAUUUGAUCACCACUCAGGGCGAUUCAUCUCAGACUGGGAUGACUACUUCCCCAUAUAUUCCCACAACUGUCCUCUUCAAAUUCCAACUUAAAUUCCCAAGUCUGGAUUGUUGACAGUGGUGCCACAGAUCAUGUGGCUUCUAGGUUAGAAUUGUUCCAUUCAUAUCGUCCUAUUGAUAACUUGAACGUUUCUUUGCCAAAUAGUCUUAGAGUUAAAGUCACUCAUGUUGGCACUAUUCAUGUAACUCCCAAUUUAACCCUUAUGUUCAUUCCGGAUUUCACUUUCAAUUUGAUUUCAAUAUCAAAACUUGUUAAAAUGUCUAAAUGUACAUUAAAAUUUUACACAAAUC